AUGAUACAUUUGCCUACAAUAGAUUUGAUUUCUUUACCAAAACCUAAUGAAAAUGAAAAAAAUGAACACUCUCUUGAUUUUAGAAAGUUUAAACUCAAUAAGAUUACCAAAAUGAAUCAUUCACUUUAAAUUAAGUUAAAUAUAGUUAAUAAAGAAUCAAACGCCAAAAAUUAAGUGGCUUUUGGAUCUUCCUAAGAAAGGAGAAGGCCCUCAGGAAAAAAGUUUCCUCCAUUAUAAUAUAAUUUAAAUUUUAAGUCUGUUGAUAGACAUCAAGCAUCUCCAAAACUCAGAACAAUAAGGAGUACAAGAAUAAAAUCCGAAGUCUCAUAAUAAUUUUGUGAACGAUUUCCUUAUUCCAUUCUUAAAACCGAAACCAUAGAAUAAACUAUUUAACCAACAAAAUUAAAUUGUCUAUAAAAAUUGAUAAAGAAAGUGAAAACUCCUAUGAUUGAAUUGAAAUCUAAUAUCAUACUCAAAUAGGAUGAAUUCAUACCAAUGAGUUCAAAAGAACUUAAAUAAAGCUUAGUAUCUCUUAUGCAGAAGUAUGGUAUAAGAUAGAAUGAGAUUAGAAAAUGA